UCCAUCUCCCCACCGACCCCUCAUUGACUCCUCCAUCUCCCCAUUGACUCCUCCAUCUCCCCAUUGCCUGUUCCCUCUCCCCACCGGCCCCUCCGUCCCCUCCCUCUCCCCACCGACCCCUCCACGUCCUCCCCCCCCCCGGGCGUGUCCCCGCCCCCCGCCCCGCCCCCUCUCCCCUCUCCAUCUCCAAUUUCGGUGCGAUCCCCGCGCGCCCCUCCCCCCGCUCGUGCGUCAGCGUCACCGGUGACGCGGCCGCGCGUCGCCCCCUCCCCCCGCGGUGUCCCCCCCGUCCCGGGGGGCGGCGCCGGUGACGCGGCGCUGACGCGGGGCCGGGCCCGCAUAAAGCGGCGGCCGCGGGCGGCGGCGCGGGCGGAGGAUGCUCCGCUCCACCAAGGGCGCCUCCAAGGCGCGCCGGGACCAGAUCAACGCCCAGAUCCGCGCCCUGCGCGACCUGCUGCCGCUGCCCGACGGCGACCGGCCGCGCCUCUCCUACCUGCACGUCAUGGCGCUCGCCUGCAUCUACACCCGCAAGGGAGCCUGCCUGCGCCCAGGCCCGAGCCGGGGGGCGCCCCUGGAGCUGCUGGGGGGAGCGGAGCUCGCCGACCUGGUGGCCUCGCUGCCCGGGUUUCUGCUGGCCGUGACCCGCGAGGGGAAGCUGGUCGGGGUCACCGACAACGUGGCGCAGCACCUGGGCCACUCCAUGGUGGAUCUGGUGGCACAAGGGGACAGCAUCUACGACCUGCUGGACCCCGCCGAUCACCCCCUGGUGCGGCAGCAGCUGAGCCUGCCCGGGCCCCCCCAGGCAGAGCGCCUGUUCCGCUGCCGCUUCACCACCUCGCGCGCCUCGCGCCGCCCCAGCGCCGGCCGCAAGCUGGUGCUGCUGCGGGGGCGCUUCCAGGAGCCCCCCCGCGCCCCCGGCGCCGCCCCCGCGCUCUUCGUGGCCUUCUGCGCCCCCCUGGACCCCCCGCCCUGGCCCUGCCCCGACUGCCUGCUGCUGCCCGCCUUCCAGAGCCGCCACGGCCGCGACCUCGCGCUGCUCGACGUCUCCGACAGCGUCCUGGUGCACCUGGGCUACGGCCGGGCCGAGCUGCUGGGGCGCUCCUGGUACCGCCUGCUGCACCCCGAGGACCUGGGGCACGUGGCCCGCCAGCACCUGCGCCUCGCCGGCGCGGGGCCGGAGGCUCGAGGCGAGGUGGUCACUCGGCUGCAGCGCAAGGACGGCCUGGGCUGGACGUGGGUCUACGCCCGCCUGCGGCCGGAGGGGCCGGCCCUGCUGGCCCACAACUUCGUCAUCAGCGAGGCCGAGGCCUGGUGCCUGCGGCAGCAGCUGGCGGCCGAAGCCCCCCCGGGACCCCCGGAGCCGUUCGGGCCCGGCCUCGACUUCCCCGGCGGCGACCUCGGGCCCGGCCUGGACGUGACCAUGGCACCUGGCCUGGGCGACGGCGUGGCAGCCAUCGGCCUGGCGGUCAGCGGCCCUCGGAGCCGGCGUGGGCCUCGGACACGGCGCUGCGGCCGCCGCUGACCCCGGCCUGGGGCCUGGCCUUGGACACAGCCUCGGACACGGCGCUGUGGCCGCUGCUGACCCCGGCCUGGGGCCUGGUGUUGGACACGGCCUCGGACACGGCGCU